GCCGUUUCCCACUUCACACGCGCUGAACCGCUGCACGCCCCGUUGUCGCUCACCCUGGCUGCUCCCCGUCUCGUCCACCUCACCCGGCGCCUCCGCUCGUCGCCAGCAUGACGCGCCCACGCAAAGACGUAAAGUUCCAGCACAACGCCCGCAGCGCUAGCAAUGGACUGGGUGCGACGGCCUUCGCAGAGCAUGUCGGAAAUCAGCGAGAACGACUCCCAGCCCAUGAGUCCCCACCAAGAACGGCGCUGCUGCUCCCCCCAGCACCAGAACAACCACCAGAGUCCGAGUACGAGAAGAAAAAGGCAAACUUCAUAACGCGCACAAUAUGGACCGUCGUCAUGAUCAUGGGCUUCUUCUGGAUCCUCGGCGCCGGCCACAUCUACCUCAUCAUCAUCGUCACCGCCGUCCAGGUCAUCUCCUUCAAGGAGGUCAUCGCAAUCGCAAAUGUGCCCAGCAAGGCCCGCAGCCUGCGCUUCACCAAGUCGCUGAACUGGUACUUCCUCGGCACCGCCAUGUACUUUCUGUACGGCGAGAGCAUCAUCUACUACUUCAAGCACAUCCUGUUGGUUGACCGCAUCCUGCUCCCGCUCGCGACCCACCACCGCUUCAUCUCCUUCAUGCUGUACAUUAUUGGCUUCGUCUUCUUCGUCUUCUCUCUGCAGAAGGGCCACUACAAGUUCCAAUUCACCCAAUUCGCAUGGACCCACAUGGCCCUGUUCCUCAUUGUCGGGCAGGCCCAUUUUGUCAUCAAUAACAUCUUCGAGGGCCUCAUCUGGCUCAUCCUGCCCGUCUCCAUGGUCAUCACAAACGACAUCUGGGCCUACCUUUGCGGUAUCACCUUCGGACGGACGCCCCUCAUCCAGAUCUCGCCCAAGAAGACAUGGGAGGGAUUCCUCGGCGCAUGGUUCUUCACCAUUAUCUGGGGUAUCGGCCUGACGCACUUCCUUGCCCAGUACAAGUACUUCAUCUGCCCAGUCAACGACCUCGGCGCAAACAUCUGGACUGGCCUCGAAUGCAAACCCAAUCCAGUCUUCAUUGCGCGCAACUAUGCUCUGCCUUUCGUCCCGGCUGGUCUACCCAUCCCGCGCACAUUCAACAUCAUGCCAGUUCAGUUCCACAUCUUCAUCCUCGCCACCUUCGCCUCGCUUGUCGCACCCUUUGGCGGCUUCUUCGCCUCCGGCCUGAAGCGAACAUUCAAGAUCAAGGACUUUGGCGACUCGAUUCCCGGGCACGGCGGCAUGACUGACCGCAUGGACUGUCAAUUCAUCAUGGGCUCCAUUGCCUUCUUCUAUUAUUCAAGCUUCAUCGCCGUCUACCAUACCACCGUCGGCGGCGUCAUCGAGGCUGCCGUCACGGGACUCAGCGCCGAAGAGCAGAUGGAGGUCGUCAAGAUCUUGGCAAAGAACUUGGUCAACCAAGACAUAAUAUCUCCAAAGAUUCCUCGAAUAUCUCUCCGAGCAAUUGCACAGGAGGUGAUCGCAGUCCCACCAUUUUGACGAACCACAUGUUUCUCGUAGCCUAGCCCGGAAGGCAGUUGGCCCAAAAGCCUCGCAGCUCAAUCUUUUUCUAUGUAAUAUUUGGCCAAGGACUUGUCUGAACCUCAGGAGCUAUAUCGAGUCCACAAGGGUACGCGGCUGUAGCUGGGAAGAGCAAGGCUGAACGAACAAGGCAGAUACCAUGCUAGCCAGAAUUUAAUGAUAAUCGAGUCUUCG